AUGAAGUGCACCUCUACCGCCAUUGCCCUCUUGGCCGCAGCUGCAGCUGGCGUCCAGGCAGCCAACAUCCAACUUGUUGGCAAGGUCAUGAAUAGUGCUGCCAAGGAGGGCUUCGAAAAGAGUAGAACCCUCGUUUAUGCUGGUGGGAAGACCAAGCGUGAUGCACCCAAGGUUUAUGAGCCAGAUCCCGACCGGGAAUACACCCUCGAAGAUGGUUACAUCUUUGUCCUUCAGUGUACCACUGUUGGAUUCAGGCCUGAGUGCAUUUCGUUUGGCUCUGAGCCUGGAAAGUGCGUCUCCUACUUCGACUUUGACCCUAAGAAGGGCGAUGAUCCGACCUCUAUCUCGGAUGCAUUCAACCACAAUGUCACUUCAAUUUCCACCAACACUGGUGGCGCAUGCCAGUUCUACCAUUAUACCGGCUGCGACGAUAAGGGCGAUGACCGUGGUUUAACGACUUCCUACAACUACAACCUUAACGUGACUUUGCCAGAGGACGAUCGAACCCCUGAGUACUUCAGGAACAUCACUAGCUGGAGAUGCUGA